CUAUCAAAUGGGAAUCGCCCAAUAGCAACAAAAUCCGUACGACAUCUGCCUGAAAGAAAUCUAAGAUUUCGGUUACAUUCUUCCUUCCUUUUCUUUCUCAACUUGGUUUUGAUCGCUUGAUGCAUCGAAUUUGCUCAAUGCAUCGUUCAAUGGUCCUACGCAUACAAUCACUCGGGUUCCGAUUGCGAGUAUUGGAGUUGUGCUCGGUUGCAGAUCGCGGAAAAUGGAAUGUGCGAGCUGUUACAAAAUCACAGUUCUCUGUCUUGAUCGAUUCCAAUAAAAGACAAACAACUUUACGACAUAUACAAGCAGCAACAGGCAUUCCAUCCUUUCGUCACGAUGGUCAUGGUUGCUCCUAUCACCAUAGAGCGUGCGGAUACAUUGCGGGCUUGCACUCUUACAAACCACAUCCAGGGACCGGAGAAGAAGACCCAGAAUUCUCUUCGUUUGAAACCGCUUGGAAGGCGAUUCAGUCGGUUCCCGAAGCCUUGCUUAACGACUUUGAAGACGAAUUGUGGGAGACCCAAUCAAGGCGCUUUGUGUACGGAACGAAAACAGUAUCAGUGAUCGAUGCAGUCGAAAGCUCGUCUUCGUCUAUGCCAUUUGACCGUCUUCAAGAUAAUGCCAAUGGUACAAAUGCAUCCACGAAAUGUUUAGACAAGCAAAGAGUYUUUCGAUACCUCGUAAUCAACGAGCGUCCAAAUCUCAUUCAAACCGCCGUCGAGGUUCCUUUUGUCGGCGCUCCCUAUCGUCAUUACUACGACCCAAGCGCGACCAAUGAGAUUGCUGGAAUUUUCGAUGGCACCUCUGCUGCUGCUACCAAUGCCCAGAACUUGGUUCCCCGCCCGCCAUCCCCCAUUUCUCAAACACAUCUSGGGGGUUUGGCCAUGGUCUUACCCUUUUGGCGCAGGGCCAAUUCUGGCACCGCUUUCGAAGACACGUACUGGAAAGAGGCGGAUCGACUGGGAGAGGAGGCAGUSGAUGGUUGGAACGAUUCUCCCAACUGCGUCCUGAUCGGUGCGGGCGGGUGCUCCCUGGCCCAYACAAUGGCCGCCGAUCUGCGUUCGAGGUCGCCUUCGCCGCCGAACGCGGGGCAACGGCCCCUGCUGACGGCCGUUGAGGCCUGCCCGGAAAUUGUUCGUGUUUCCGAGCUGUAUUUUGGAGCCGGAGACGAGCAAGGGGGUGGGUGCGAGGCCUCGUCGUUCAAAGGAUCGUUGGCAGGACCUCCAUCACCCCCGUUUGACCUCGUUUGUGACACCGGGCAAUCCUAUCUGRAAUCGCUGGUCGGAAGCACGAAGGAAGAAGAUCCCAGACCUCUCAUCGAUGUCUURGUCAUCGAUGCCGAAGACGGGUCGGCUCCCCCCGAAUCGAUGCGCACGCCCAAGUUUUGGUCCGAAGCGGUCCUUCCCGCCCUCGGUGUUGCCACGCUGUCGCCGAGCCACGGCGGUGGUCCCGUAGUGGGCGUGAACGCGAUCGGAACCGACGCCGAAACCACCCGGUUGGUGGACACUAUGCGCGCGGSCCUCGCGUGUCCCGGGAGCGGCUCGCACUAUUGUGUGAUCGCGGUGUCGCCUCCCCCGGAGGCCGGGGUGUCGGACCGGCACAAGCUGGUGUUCGCGCUCCCUUGCACGAACCGUGCCGAGGCUCCCACCCRCGGUCCCCACCACGAUCUCUUCCGUCUUCUCCCCACCGAGGACGAACUGCGAGGUUGUGUGGAUGUCCCCACGGCAUGGGCGCAACAAGUUCGGAUCGCUUUCGAAGAAUGYGCUGGCAUCUGAAGUGACGGGACGACGGAGAACGACGUCCGACGCUGUUCCACCGUACGAAGAGAGCGAGAAGCACAAACGACUCUAAUUCUACGAAAAUUAUUGGGAGACCAAGCCGCAGAUGSCGGAAAGAAUCAAGGGAUAGCGUGGAAUCCUGCGUGUCCAAAACCGAUCAUCGUUUCCGGCUAUGAUCGGCGAACGCGAACGCGAACGCGGCUUCUAACCUCUUUGGACUGCUUUUCGGAACGUAGUUUGCGCUACUAAAAUUAACACAACUGGCUACGCUCUCCACCGAUAGGUGGCGUGGAAUUGGCUUCAGGCUUUGCUGCUUUCGAUUCGGUGGAUCUCGAUGGUCCCGUUGUGGCAGUUGGGCACGGCGUGGUGUACAGUAUUCUCUACCUGUMAUGAAACCAUUCGAACUCGCACGGUGGUGUUUGGUCCCGUACAGAUCCCGGAUGGUUCGCGAAGGGACCAUAAGCAUCACCAAUGAUGGAAAAAAUAUUGACCGUACGCCAGAAACUCAUCACAGCCAUGAACUGUCUUCAUCGUGGUUCAUAAAUGCAUUUAUAUGCAUAAAAGGGACCCACCAUGAUAAUACAUUAUCAGGAACAGAACAGAACAGAACAGAACAGAACAGAACCAAUAGAAUAGACUUUCAGCAAUUGCUUGAGAAACGUGCUAAUGAAUGAAGAAACCAUCAUCUGGUCGGCCAGCUUCCCCACCUACUCCCAGCUUGUGUUCAUUCCAACCAAUGAACCCAUAAUUUGUCGGUGAAAAGUAUGAGUCCGUAGAAUAGGAUGGAUCUGAAACAAGAAGAAGAAGAAUUUCUUUCUUUGUGAACGACGGAGGAGGGACGGGAUUCCUUGCAGCUGCGGGACUGUGAAUCACGGAUGGCAUGUCAAUAUUCAAAAUAUGAACAGUUUGAAGCGUUGAGCAUUUCKGUUCUGUCUCGGCCGGCGUGUUUGGACUGCCCGUACGUUUAGAGCGUACUCGUAUGUAUGGUACAACUUUUGUACCACUGCAACGAGGUACGUACUGUAAGUGCUACGGCAAUAGUGCUAGACAGCGUACAAAGUACGUACUUACUGUACAGUAAUUCAAUAGCUAGGAGUACUCGUACCGGUAAUCUGUAUUGACCAAUAGAAUAGGUUUAUUUUU